GUUGAUUACUGUUACAUACUUCCUCAUCCCGCCCAUCAUUCUGCCCAGCCAAACGAGUGUCCCGCUGAUCGCCAGCCAGCCCUCGCCAAGAUCUCUUGUCUGCUUGCUUGAUUGCUUGGUGAUUGCUUGAUUAACUAUCGUUUAACUGCUUGCUUGAAUGAUUGAUUGAUCAAAGCGAGCUGCUGCUGCUGGGCUGUGUGUCUGGGUACUGAAUCCUCUUGUCAGGCUAAAUAGUUGGUGGUUCUAUUUUUACUGCUCAACUAGUUACUUUACUCCGUACAUUUCUCCCUAUUAUCCCCUCUCUUUUGUCAAUCACUUUCCCGCUCCCUCUCCUGUUUUCUGCUUGUGUCCAGUCAACUCGCUGUCGUUUUCUAUCUCUGUCUCUUCUCUUGUGUCUCUCUACCUUCUGCGCUGAAACAGACUCAGCUGCAGGGAUCUGCAAUUGGUGACGCAGCCUGUUGUUGCACCCGCUUCCUUCAAGAUCUUCUUCCUCUUCUCCUUCCACUCUUCAACUGCUCCCCUCUUUUUCUUCUUCCAUUUUUCUUCUUCAACUUCUCCAUAUCCUCUGACUCCCCGCUCAGACUCAUCCUUAGCAUCCUCUAACUAGGCUUACCGUCUUUAUCCAUGCUCCUUUUUGGCGACACCCGCUCCCUCCACCUCCGCUGAGACAAUCUCCCUCUCGUGACCCCCCUCCUAAAUUGACUCCCGCGACCACCGAUCUACGGCUCCACCAAACCCAGCCACCAUGAAUACGGUACACAGGCAGUUCGGGAAGUUUAUGAAGCGGUCUGCGGACGACAGCCAGGUCUCUGUCUUGCUGAAGGAUUUUGACGAUGCCGACAAGCUGCUGGCAAGGGUAAUCGACUCGAGCAAAGCAUGGCGCGAUGCCUGGACGGCCAUCCUCACUUACCAGGCCCGUAUGGUCCAGGAAUUCGAAUCUCUUUACAACCCUAUAGUGGGUUCCUCAGAGCCCUCUAACCCCCGCCCCCCAGCUGAAACCCCAGAGGCUACGCUCGCGAGAACAGCUCGACUACACGAGGCGUACGAGGAAUUGAGGACGGAGCUUCUGACGGAGAUCAACAGCGUGGAUGAGAGAAUGAUCAGGCCCGCAAUGGACGCAAAGGACUACCUACAGCCGUUUAAAAAGAUCAUUAAAAAGAGGGAUGAUAAGAAGCUGGAUUUUGAGCGAUAUCAAAACCGAGUGGACACAUCACGGAAGAAGACGAAGCGGUCCGAUCGAGAUAAUGCAGCAUUGGCGAAGGCUGAGAUGGACUUGAGCAGAGCAAAAGAUGAAUAUAGCGCUGCAGACGACCAUCUUCGCGCCCAUCUCCCGCGGUUAAUCACGGCCACAUUCUCCAUCCUCCCCCAUCUACUAGCUGCACAAAUCGAUAUCCAAAACACUCUUCUCGCACUCUACUACACGACCCUCCACAACUACUGCGAACAAGAAAAUUUCCCUUCCCCGCCCCCUGCAAUGGACCUGGUAAUUCAAACCUGGGAACGAGAUAUCGCCCCCGCCCAACGGGAAGUAGAAACCAUAACCUGUCUCUCCCACCGCAGAACCUCCCGCCAACCCAGAACAUCCGACGAACACAAAAACGGCUCCUUCCCAAACGGCCUAGGCGCCCGUCGCACCAGCAGCAACCAAUCAACCGUGCGCAAACCAUCCGUCUCCCCAAUCCGCAACCUCCGCGCCCCAUCCCCCGUCUUCGAAUCGAAACCUCGACCAAACGGCGGCGGGCCCAACGGCCACUCGCCCCCCCAUAAUCAUACAACAUACCCUUCCUCCACGAAACCAAGAUACUCCCCAGAAAUCUCAGAUUACUCCUCCAUCCCCGCAGCUCCCAGCAUAACCCCAACCGGAUACUCCCCCGCCGGCCCACGCAUGGACUACUUCAGCCGCGAGCGACAGCCAUCGUCCGUCCAACACACUGGAACACCGCUAGGCAUGACAACACACGUAGCCGCCGCGGCAGCGAAAAAGAAGCCUCCACCCCCACCUCCGCGCGCAGCGUCCAGCCAUGCCGUCUUCGUGACAGCCCUCUACGAUUUCCCUGGCCAGGGAGCUGGUGAUCUAGCGUUUCGAGAAGGUGAUCGCAUACGUGUGCUUAAGAAGACGGAGAGUACGGAUGAUUGGUGGGAAGGGGAGCUUAGGGGGGUAAAGGGGAGUUUUCCGGCGAACUAUUGCGAGUGAUGAAGGGUGGGUUUUUCGAUGAGGGAACAGGGGGGGAAUGGGAAAGAAAGGAAGCGGAGAGGGAAGCGGGGGUUUGGAUGAUUUAACGCUGGAAAACCGACACGCAAAAACAAGACACACCACCGUCCAUCUGCCCUUCUCUCUUAUUAUCUCUCUCUCGCGUUUUAAAAUUUAAAAGAUAAAAAAGCCUAACUUGAAAAUUUAUAUUUCUAAUCUUUAGUUUUGGUCGCGUUCAGGUUCAGGUUCCUUUGUUCCAUCUAAUUUACCUUUGACUUCUUCUCUCUCCUCUUCCCUUCCCUUUCUUUUUUUCCUUUCUCUUUCCUUGGGUCUUUUUAUAUAUCGCUUUUCAUAUGAUAUAUCAUUUUUCCCUACCGCGUUGGAACACCACCUGGGCUUAUUUAUCCUUAUCGUAUAUCUUUUCUUCCUCCGUUCCAUAUAUUCUUUUUUCCCCCUUGUGUUUAAAAUUGAUAUGGUUGAUCGAGAUUUCUCUUUCUCUUUUUCUUCCUUCCAUUGAAGAUAUUUCUCACAUUUCCUAAUUAACUGGGUUCAGAUUCCUAAUUGCACAUGUAUGUACUUACUUUGCGGAGCACUGUACAUGCGUUCAAAAAGAGCAAGAGGGGAUGGAAAGGAAUUUAACGUUCCAAUAUUUUAAUAGCUAGUAUUAAGUAGCCUUAGAAGGAUUUAAUUUUUGUAUUUUGAUGAUAAUAUACACACACAGGUUACUAUCUCUUAUUUCCAAGUCAUAACUGGUUUACAAUAUACACAUAGAUUCUCAA